AUGUUCAAGUCAGUAGAAUUUAAAGAGGAAACUACCCUUCAUAUCUUUACAGAAUGUAUCUAUGCCAAGGCUGUUUGGAGUUUAAGUGGACUUCCUCUAAUAACCCAUGGUUUCAACAGCUUCGCACAAUGGUUAGAUUUUCAAUUCAAGAACUUGGAAAAGGGUAGUUGUUGUCUGCUUUUGAUGCUUUGUUGGAAAUUAUGGACUGCCCGCAAUGACAAGGUUUGGAACGGUAGUCUACCAUCUCCUAGCACUCUUGUUGAAGGAUCACGCCGAUAUCUUGCCAACUGGACGAACAUAGUUAGAGAAGACACUGCCACAUCCAUUGCCAAGAACUCAUCAGUUCACAAAUGGGAUAAACCAUCUUCAGGCUUCUACAAACUAAACACGGAUGUAGCCGUUUCAACAUUGAAUAGAAGCAUGGGCUUCGGGUGGGUGCUCAGGAAUGACACUGGACAGUUUGUAGCAGCAGAAUGCAUCCCAGGUAAGGGCGUCUUCACCCCUAAGGAAGCGGAAGCAAUGGCGAUCAGGGAAGCCUUAAGCUGGAUCAAGAGAGAGGGGAUUACUCAUCUUCAAAUUGAAUCUGAUGCGUUAGAAAUCAUCCAAAGUUUGAAGCAGAAUGACGAAGACUCUUCUUGUGAUCUUAUUCUUCUAGAUAUUAAAGAUUUGCUACGUUCAAUCCAUCAUGUAGCUAUCUCUUACGUUAGCCGCACUGCGAAUGUAGUUGCCCAUAGCCUUGCUAGGGAAGCUUGUUCUAUGUCUGUGCGUCAGGAGUGGAUAUCUGUUCCUCCUUCUUUUAUUGUCAACGAGUUGUAUUCCGAUUUGAAUUAA